AUGACUGUGCUUGCCGGCCGCCCUUCCUUCGCCUCACAUGAAUAUCUCCCGCAAGUCCUGCAUGUGGCAGACUUGAGACAAGAGAUGGUCAUGGCUACACUGAAUUGUACGAAGCUAAGACAUUUUCACAGUCACACCAGCGCCGUUGCUUGCACGGAUAAGGGGGCCAACCUCCGUCUCACCUUGCUACCUACAAGCUCCAAUAAGUUGGCCAUCAUGUUCAGCAUUGGAACUACUCGAGAAGUCAUGUACCUCAAAGCACUUGAUACCCAGGGACUACACCAUUCCAUGAUUCCAUCCGCCCGGCUAGCUCAAUCGGUAGAGCGUGAGACUCUUAAUCUCAAGGUUGUGGGUUCGACCCCGACGUCGGGCUCAAUUCCCGUCAGCGAUUGA